ACAAUCCACCUAAACACAACUGUUGAACUCCCAUCCACAGGCAGCUGGUAUCCUCCUCUCAGUUCUCAUUGUUGGUGGAUCUGUUUUAUUUCUAGUGGCCCCCCAUGACAGUAAAAUGCACUAGAUCGUCAUCUGAUGAUAUCCAUCAUCGCCCGCUGACCAUUCGUCUUUCUUGAAGAUGUCUACUUAACCCCUCUAGUCCUGGACUUUUCUACUGAUCUGUGGCACGAACCUGGCAACAAGGGGACAUAGCACCCAGAUCCAACUGUCCUUUGUGUGCUACUUUGAUGAUUACAGGAUAUAAAACAAACACUAACCUCUCGAUCGAUUUGAAGCAUUGUGCCUGAUGUUGUACAUUUGUCUAGCCUGCAUUCUUCUACUGGAUUUCACAGUUCAAGGGAAGCUCGUUAAUGUUACCAUUGACGAUCAAAGCGCCUCUUUGUUCUAUUCUCCCGCAGGCUCGACUAGCUGGAAAGUUGGCGGGGCCUCGUGUCAAGACUGUACAGCAAUGGUUAAUGCCUCGCAUGCUGUUUACGGGACGUGGCAUGAUUCUACACACUUCGCAGACAGUGGCAGUUAUCUGAAUCCAGUGCCCAACGUAUCCGCCUCGUUUAACGGCACAGCCAUCUACGUGAUAUGCAUACUCGCUAAGACCACUUCUUUACCCAACGGGAACUCAGAUAUGAGCUUCUACAUCGACGAUGAUCUCGUUGGCCAGUUUGUAAAACUAGCUCCCGGAGAGCCAGGUUUCGAUUAUGAUGUUCCCGUGUAUUCCAAUACUUCCGUUCCCGCCGGUCAACACAGAUUCACAUUGCAGAAUGGACACGUUGGUGGAAUGACAUCACUAGUACUUUUGGACGCUCUCGUAUAUACGUAUGCCCACCACUCCUGCAGUAGUUGUUUAUUCAUGGGUUUUUACAGCUACGACGAUGGUCAAUUUGAUCGCAAUAACUCUGAUACUAGCACGGACACGGUGUCUAGUGGCUCGAAUAUAAUAAGCACCAUAGUUGGAUUCUCCCUCGCAGGAGCUCUUGCUUUGGUUGUGGCUACCCUUACCGCUAUUAUAUUCCGCCGCCAGCGAAGGAGAUACAGCUCGAAGUCCGACGAACGCACAGCCGAACUUGUUCUUGGGGACAGCCAUAGGGAUGACUAUAACCCAGAGAUAGGGCAAUUCCUGUCGGGAAAUCAUACGUCAACUGCUGCCAGUGCAUCCUCUAUCAAUAGUUCCAACUCCCCCCAUAUGAGUGUUAUGCAGUCGGAUCAGGACAUAGACAUCACCACAGCACUCCACCCUGAAGUUGACAGUCCUUCAGAACUGGAAUGGGAUGCGCCCCCACCAUACUACAGCUGUUAAUAAUUAAUAGCUCAUCCGAUGUGAGAAACGGAAAAAGGAAGCUAGUUACCAGGCGGAUGGACAUUAUUUACUUGCACUAGCUCCUUUGGAUCCCUGCGUAUAUACAAUGUGAC